ACCAUAUGACAUGAACAUUUGUUUGCAUUCAUUAUCAUGUGAAUAUUAACUUAAAACACUUGAAAUUAUUAAAUUCAUUACAUUUAACUUAUGCAAAAAACUUCAUAAAAAUUAUGAAGAUGCAUUAUGAAGAUAGUUCGACAGAGGUUUUCUGUUAAAAUGUAGCUACUGGUUAAGGAUAUUAAUAUUGGAGCAACAGGCAUUUUGCAGAACAACUGGCUGCAGAUUAACCAAUACAACAAACAACAAAGCUACAAGAACUAGUUUUAAACAAUAAACGAACAUUAAAAAUUAAAAGUUGAAUAUUUUUAUCACAAGAUCUAUUAUAAAGAAAGUGGGAAAAUUCUGCCAUAAGAGAAGACAAACUGGAAUAAAACAAAUAAACUCUAUUCUCAAAUGGAAUCAAAUUUGCAGACUUUCAAAGAAAAGAAGUUGGUUCAAAUUUUUCUUGUAAAGUGAUAAUAUUACAACACGAUGGAAGCUGCAAAAAAAACCAUGACCAACUUAAUUGGUGCAAUACUUAUGAUGGCCUAUCUGUCAACAAUCGAUGGACUCAGAGUACAAGAAUUGAAUGUGGGACAAAAUAACAGAGAAAAUCUGCAGAAAUUUGACAAUGUGGCUAGGGAGUUUGCAAGUGGCGGUAAAACUUUAUUCACAUACCUAACCGAAAGUUUCAAGGACACAAACAGUUUGUCAGAGUCAUCGCAAAAUGCAAGCUUUCAUUGCAUCAAUGACACGGCAAAGAUAGUGGUGGAUCUUGACAACAAAGAAGAGUAUGCGGAAAAGUUCUUUGAUGCUGAAGCCAAACUCCCACCUGGAAUUCUAGAAGGCCAAACCACAUGGACUGGGGACUAUCAUGAAUGUCUCAGCAUCAAGUCCUACUGGACCAAAAACGCGCCCAGCAGUCACCAGUUUGCUGGAAAAUAUUUUACUGUAGGCUACAAGAAGCAGCUCUACCUUGGUAUUUGCCUUCCCGACUCAUGUGACAAAAAUGAUGUUCGAGCAUUACUUGAAAAUAUUGUUCCGGCCGCAGAGAUUUCUGGCGUGUACACCACUGACAGGAACGAAAUUGAUGAUAGUACAAUCAUGGCCUUUGUGGUAAUGGGCAUUAUACUGGCUAUCGUCACAUUAGGCACAGCGGUGGAUUAUUUGGAGACAAGGUACCACAAACCUUUACAUGUACUGGAGGCUGACCCCUGUGUAUGCAGUAUGCCUCAUGUUUUUCGCGACAAUUUACCGACUGCUAGUAACAGGCCCAUUCCACUGGGUGGUAUUGGAUCCCGACGGUCCUUUUUACAAAGAGACGGGUGAAUGUAGAACUUAUUGGUGGUCCAAUCUUCUGUACAUCAACAAUCUGUACCCUGACUAUGGCUCCGUGAGCAACUGUUUCCCCUGGGCCUGGUAUUUGGCUAAUGAUAUGCAGUUCUAUAUCCUCCUAAGCCCAUG